AUGGGAUAAGUGGGAAAAAAAUCCCUAGAAAUGGGGUAAAUGGACAAAAUCCCUUCUCUUUAUGUAUAUAUGAAUUUGUGUCUACUUUUUCUGGAAUGUUGGGUUGUUUCGAGGGGUUUGAUUAGUUAUUAGUAGGCCUAGCAUCAGAGCCCGUGACCCGCAAACCCGCAUGAUAAAAGUCCGCACGAACCCGCCCAAUUAUUAAUCCGGGCUGAGAAAAGCCCGCACGCCAAAAACCCGUAAAUUAACGGGCCGUGCCGUGCUAGACCCGUUAAGCCCGUUGGAACCCGUUAAGUUAUUUCUGAAAAUUAAACCCUUUCUACGCGGCUUCAGGAAUCCAUGACUCUGCCUCUUUCUUUCAGCAAUCCGCUCUCUACCUCUCUCGUAGACUCCAUGACUCCAUCUCUCUCUUCUUCAUCCAAACCCACAAUUUCAGAGUGAGAGAAUCUGAGCUGGGAUUGGGUUCUGAAGUGCUUAUUGGGAUUUGGGUUUGGUGGCCGCGCUCUGCUUCUUCUUGUUCUGCUACUUGUGUUUCUUAUUGACUCGGAUUGAUCACCGACUCGCUGUCCCACCGAGUCCAUUCAUCAAAUCGGGAGAUAUAAAUGGCAGGUUCUAAAAAUGCCUCAAAGAAGAAGCAAAAGCGCGGUAUCGACUUCAAGAAAAUAAAGCGAAAGAUUGGCAGAAAAUUGCCACCAGCACAGAAUGCUACUAAUACUGAGAUUAAAUCUAAAGCAAUUGUUCUCCCCGAGCAGAGUGUGGCAUCCGAGAAGGCAGGAUUAGCAGUGAACAAGAAAGGCUUGACUUUGAAAGAGCUUCUUCAACAAACAUCUCAUUACAGCUCAAAAGUCCGUAAAGACGCAUUGUUGGGAAUUAAGGAUUUAUUCCUUAAGCAUCCAGAAGAGUUGAGGUUGCAUAAGUAUGCUGUUAUUGAAAAGCUGCGGGAACGCAUUGGUGAUGAUGAUAGACUAGUUCGAGAAACGCUGUAUCAACUUUUCAAGUCAGUGAUUUUCCCUGGAUUUAAGGAGGAUAAUCAAGAGCUUUUUGUUUCCUUGAUGAUGGCCUAUAUAUUUAAUUCAAUGACACAUUUAGCAAUUGACGUUCGACUGAUGGCUUUCAAAAUUUUGGAGCUUGUUAUCCAGUACUAUCCACCUUCCUUUUUCUUGUAUGCUGAAAAGAUUCUUCAAAACUUUGAGGAUAUUUUGCGAAAGAACCAGUUUUAUUUAGAGGACAAGAGCAAGCUGAAGAAUGCUCUUUCUGGGUUGGAGCAAUGCUUGUUACUGCUUCCAUGUAACAAGAAAGAAGUUGGCUCAUGUGAACAGAAUGAUGCUGGACAAGCGAUGCUGCAUGCUUUUGACCCUGAUGUGCCUGCAAAAUCUGCUGGGUUUUCUCUCAUCAUCCCAAAACUAAAAGACCUUGUGCCAGUUCUAGUCAAUUGUUUCCAAGAUUUUAUUCCUGCAGUACAGACUGGUGAACAUCUUGAUGUGCAAUCAUUUGAUUGUAUGGUGUCUAUACUUCACAGUAUAAAUCAUGCAGUCCGGUUCUUUGUUUAUAUGAUUGAUGAGGGUACGUCAGAAUCACGACCUUCUCAUGGGGAGCUUGAUGUGGCUAUGUUGGGUGGAACUAUCUCCAUGACGCUGAUGAAGAAGUUACUUGUUCUGUUUCCCCUGAACAUGAGAAAUCAACUUUCUGAGAAGGAUGAUGUUAAAUAUUUUGUCUUGGACAGUGUGAUGACAGAAAUAUUUCUGCACUUAAGCAAAUGGAUCUGCCCUCCCAGUGUUCUGUUGGAGAAAUUUUUAGAAUUUCUAGAGAAUGCGCUGCUUGGAAAGAUUUGUAGUGAUAGACGCUCUGGUAAAGCAAUCCAGGAGAAGCAUUUAAUUUCACUUCUUCCUUUUGUACCAAAACUUGUUUCGCAAGUGGCAAAUGACUGGAAGUCUCGUCUUCUUCAGGCUUUUACUAAGGCAUUCAAAGAUUGCAAUCCUGUGUCAUCUUUAAAAUUAGCCUGUCUUUCCACAAUGGAGGAGAUGGUUGUUCCUAGACAAGGCAUGCUGUACCUGGAUCCAAGGGAUCCCGAGAUAUUAAACUUUCAGAUUGCCUGGAUAAGAGAGCUUCCCAUGUUGCUAAUCCUGCUGGGUGAUAAGAACACGUCCCACUCCCAGGUUGUGUUACACCUUUUACUUCGGUUGGGACAGCGUGCUUUCAUGAACUAUUCCUUUGCAUUGGAAUAUGACAACAUGCAAUUCUCACUGCAAGAAUUUUUCUGCAUAUAUCAAGAUGAUGGAAAUAUAAUAUAUGGUCCUUUUGUAAGGCUGCCCAGAGAAUCUCAGGAACUCUCUCUUUGUUGCCUUCGUUACAUCUCUAAUUUGGAUUUGCAUAUGUUGAGGUCAAUAGCUUAUUGUUGCCUAUGUCCAGAAUUGGAACAGUAUGUAAUAAUUCGAGUCAUAGAGAUCCUGCAUUCAGCUUAUAAAUCUGGACAUAUUCAAAUUGCGGAUCACAUUAGUUUCUUCAUCACUUUGCUCUCCCGCUUCAGAGUUUUGCCAGAAAAUGUUAAUGCUGUUAUGGAGAGAGAUGUGAACAUCUCAAAUCGGGGGACUUUUAAAUCAAUCACUGGCAUUGUUUGCUCGUGUCUGUCACAGAUGGGCGAUAGUUCUCUUGUUUUUAAAAUACUAGAAAAAAUGGUACUAGAUCAAAUGUUGCAAAACCUUCCGCUGGACAAUGUCUGUGCUAUGCUUAGGAUGCUUAUUGCACUGGACUCUGAAGAGACAAUAAUUUCUGAACAAGCUUUUGUAAGCUUAGUCAAAAUCCUUCCUCGAUAUCUUAUUGACAUUGUGCAUUGCAUUGCUGAAGAUGAUGGGAAGGCCUCUGGUUCCCUUUCCUCGAGUGCAUGCUGUUAUUAUCUUGUUCCUUGCUUUUUCUUAUUUGUUAAAAGUCACAAACUUCUGCGUCUUGUGUUGAAGACGUUGGGGUCAUGGAUAAAUGAAAGUUUGUCAAUUUUACCUUGCGAUCAUACCCACUAUGAAACAGACAUUUCAAGCAGGGUAGAAGCAAUCAUUUCAGUUCUUCUCUUGUUGCAUAAGGAUGACAAAAUUUGGCAAAUUAUGUCUUCAUUCAAGGCAGAGAUUGACUGUAUUUUGCAAAGCAUCAUCUCUAUACAGUCCUCAGAGGAAAUCAGCGUGACCCUUCAAGAAAAGAACAAAUUGAAAUGUGCACAUGAUAGACUAAAGAACGCCACAAGUGCAUUGCGUGCUGAGAUGCAGUCAGUCUAGAAGGAUGUCCCUACCCCUAAGUACCUGACUGAGUCUUCUAUUUCAUCACCAUCUUCAAUUUUCUCACGCUUGUUGAAAUUCAUUUUGUUAUUUAAUUAGUUCAUUUUGGAAUUUAAUGAUUAGGAAAUUGGAGAACAGAUGGUAAAUAUCCUCCUGAGAGUAGUUGGGAAGUGGCUAUGGUCAUUUCAAUCUGCGUCAAUGAUUCAGCUUAGCUACUUACUUGAAGCCACGGAGCGGGUGCAUGUCUCCGGGAUGCACUUGUCUUCCUCACUUGUGGAAGAACAGCACACACCUAGCAUAGUUUUGGGGUUGAGAGUACGAGGCUAAAUCAGAGCCUCAAAUCUCAUUGUACGGUUAUGGUGGGUGUCAAAUUUUGUUGUGAAACAGACUUAUA